GAAGCUCUAACCGAGAAAGCAAAGCUUCAGCAACUCUGUAAUAGGUUAUAGCAAAAGCAAAUCCAAGGAAUAGAAGAAAAUGGCGAGAUACGACAGAGCGAUCACGGUGUUCUCGCCGGACGGCCAUUUGUUCCAAGUGGAAUAUGCCCUCGAAGCCGUCCGUAAGGGUAACGCCGCCGUUGGUGUACGCGGCACUGACAUCGUUGUCCUAGGCGUCGAGAAAAAAUCCGCCGCCAAACUCCAGGACUCCAGAUCGGUUAGGAAGAUUGUGAAUUUGGAUGAUCACAUUGCAUUGGCAUGUGCUGGACUCAAAGCAGAUGCCCGUGUCCUUAUAAAUAGGGCUCGGAUUGAAUGUCAAAGCCACAGGUUGACUGUUGAAGAUCCGGUUACCGUCGAGUAUAUUGGAGCAAAAAACUCACAACAUGAACAUUGUUCAUAUUCAUGUUACAAGAGAAAGUUCUUAUUUCAUAGUUAUUUAUUUUGAACAC